AUGGCCUGGUGGGCUGGUGGGGGCGGCGGGGGUAGGCUGUGGGAACUGUGGUGCCGACUGGCUGGUGGGAGGGGGCAAGCGGAGAUCUUACGAUUUCCGUGGGCGGACGACGGCAAACUUGUCCAUCCACCAUCCAGAUCGGAGCAUGCGAGGCGGAUGGUGACGGACCACUCCACGCUCCUCCUCGUCUCCACCUCUCAUCCAAGCCAGAUCGGAAGAUACACAGACACAGACACAGAUACACAGGGGGGUGUGGACCGUAUGGACCGUGUGGAUUGUUUGAUACCCGAUAAUCAUGCCUACGGUAACGAACUAGCUGUGGAUGGGGGAUCCCCCAAGGUCUGGUGGCAGGCCUAG